GUGCUUUAAUCACGUGUACCACACUCGGUCCACGUUCUCUCUCUCUCUCUCUCUCUCUCUCUCUCUCUCUUCUUUUGACAAUGAACAAAAAGUCCAAAUCCAAGCCCCCUUCUUCUUUGUACAGAGGUUUGAGUUUGACAUGAUGGACAGAGCUUCACCAGCGAUGGAGACACCAAAAUCUGAGGCUCCGAUGCCGUGUAAAGCAAGGAGAGAAGGAGGGUUGCCGCUUCCAAGAGCAGAGCCCACAGCUUUCAUCGGCAAGCACAGGUUGGCUGCUUCCUUAACACAAGUCCAAAACCAGAUCACGAUCAUUCAGGAAGAGUUGGAGGAGCUUGAAACCAUAGGUGAAUCAUCUCUUGUAUGCAAAGAGUUCAUUUCAAGCGUUGAAUCCGUUCCGGAUCCACUACUUCCAGUGACGAAGGGUCCUGCAGAUGUUGGCUGGGACCGAUGGUUCCGAGGUGACCACAGUUCACGACGCAACAAGCGGUGGAUCUAAAGGCUUUGAUGACAUUUGUUUGAGGAUGCAACUUCCAACCACAAACUCAGAGAGAGAGAGAGAGAGAGAGAUUCCUGCUCUGUAUUAUCUCAUCACAUUUGUUGGGAAACAAAUAAAAGCCAGAGAGAUGGUCAUUAUGUACACAUAAUGAAUUUUCUCAUUGUAUUCUUUUGCAUUGACUCUAAGCACCCAAUAUAUACAUAAUGCAACUUUCUAUC